AUGGAUCAGCUAGUGCAGUGUCCCGUGUGUACGCUGUUUCUCCACAAUGGAAUGACCCUGGAGUCACAUUUAGACACACAUCCUAAAGAUCAAGUUAUAAAAGCAUUAUGUAGUCUGACAGCAAAUAAGGUAUCCGGUUAUGAAAGCAGAACUCCUACUCCAUUACAUUCAGACCGGUCAUACAGAAGUAGGUCAAACACACCUGCUGCAGAGGAUAAUAGGUGGAAUGGGCCACGAAGGAGUGAAGAACGCUACUGGCGUAGAACACCUAGUAGAACCCCAAAGGCUAAUGCUUUGUCAGGAAAUUCAAGAAAUGGUACACCUGAUGUGAGGAUGAGUGAAAUAAGUUUUGAAAACAAUAGUGCUUCUGCCAGCAUAGGGCAGGUUUCAGGUUCUCCAUUUGUGAUAAAAGCUGACAAAAUCCAACAGACAUACCAGUCUCCUCCAAUAACAGAAUUUGAUCCACAGUAUAUUUAUUAUGAUCAACAAGAGGAUAGAGAAAUAAAAUAUUCCCGUAGUGCAGAAUAUAACUCAAUGUCGAGUCCUAACAGCAUGUUUACAUACAACAAUAUGGUGCCAGCUAUGUCACCAGCAGUCAAAUUAGUACCAGCCAUAGCUAAAAGAGGGAAUGACCUCAAUAAAAUUUUACCAAAACCAAAUAAUAUACUUCUUAAAAAUAUGGGUGGUGUGCAAUAUAUAGGUCCAGGACCCAAACCAAUGCAUGUUAUGGUUCCUAGCGCAUCUACAUUUGUGCAGAAGAAUGUACAAAACAAUAUGAUCAUGACAGGUAAUAUGCCUAGUUUACAAAUUCAAAUGGACCAUAAGCCUGGAAUGCCACCACAACCUAAUAGUCAACUAAAUCAAAUAUCUUCUAGUGUACAUACUCCAGGUACAACUGUAGUUACACAGAAUUCACAAAUCAUUUACAGAGAAGUUAACAACGCAGAUGGUAAGCCUUUUGUUACACGUGUGCCUACAGUUCUGGGUGUACAUGACAAUGUCACAAAUUUAGCUCAAGCCAGCUCAAUGUACCAAAAUGUAAUGGUAGUCGACCAAUACGGAAAUACUUCUUGCAUGUAUCCAACACCUCAGCAUGUACUACCUAAAGCUCCUGCUUAUAAUGAAACUGCGACUAUACCAACCAACACUUUGGUUGAAGUUGAGAAAUCACCUGAAAAUGUUAAUGACCCUAAAACACUUAUAAUUGAAGUUAGCCCCAUUGCACCUCCUGUGCCAGAAAAUAUGUGUGAACCAUCCAGCUCUAGUGGGUCACAGUCAAAAGCACAUAGUCCAGUAAAAAAACCAGAAAAAGUAAAGGAAAGUUCAGAAUUGAAAUGUGAAUCACCUGUUGUAACGAAAGGUCUCAAGAUUCUUAGUAACAUAAAAGUUGAGGUACUAGUGCAACAUCACAAAAAUAUGGUGAACACUGUUAUGGAUCUUACAGGGCCCAAUGAUUCAGACUAUCCUGUGGAGCGAGUACCAUCACCUGAAAAGAUAUUGCCUGAUUUAGAUGACAGUGUUAAUCCUGAAAUGUUGUCCGAUGAUUGCAUGCCACCAUCAAACUGUAGUGGUGAUAGUCCGAAUUCAUCAUACUCUUCAAUAAAAAGUAAAUCUUUGUCAAAAGAUUCUAAUAAAAAUAUUGAUGACAGUAAAAUGGAUGGUGAGUUUUCUGACAGUUGCCCAGUUCCAGACUUAAUAUGUAAUGAGAAACCCUCUAUAUCACCUUGUAGUGAAUUAUCAGAGAAUGGUGAUAACUCAACUGAUCGUACCUCAAUCGUAUCUCCUAAACUGCUAGAUCAUAGCUCAAUAUCUCCUAAACUGCAAGAUCGUAGCUCAAUAUGCCCUAAACUGCAAAAUCUUAGCUCAAGAUCUCCUAAACUGCAAGAUCAUAUUUCUAUAUCUCCUAAACCACAAGACCGUAUCUCAAUAUCGUCUAAACAAGUUAUCAAUAGUAAAUUAGACAUUUCAGAAAAGAAAAUUCAAUUGCCACAAAAGCCAGGCAGGCAAAAUAUGUUAAGACUGAACAAUAUUUAUGUGAAAAAACACAAAAAAGUCUUGCAGAUAAAAAAUGCUAAAAAUUCUACUAGUAGUAGUAGUACUACUAUUAAAACACCAGAACCCGUAGCAACGUCAUCUAGUAGCAAAAGUCCCGAAAAUUUUACAAUGAAUAAAUUGCAUCAAACAGAUAAAAGUGACAAUAAAGAAAAAUCUAGUGUACUACAGACUAUAUCAGUGGAGGAGAUUAAAGAAAAUGACGAUAACAAUGAUUUUGAUGCCGAUACAGAGGAGCAAUCCAUGGAUAUCGAACCCGUAGCACCGUCUAGUAUGAACCAACCACCUAAGUUCACUGCAACUGUAGAAUUACAAUGUGUACAUGUAAAGGAGGAAAUAAAUACCAGUAAUGAAGGAGGAUUUAGUAAUCAUACAGCCACGUCGGAUCGUGACCUUGCGCCGAUGGAAUCAUUGCGUCCAAUCAAUGUUGUUCCCUAUGCCAAUAUGUCGGGGGAUUUUGAAGAUGACUCGAAUGACAGAGAAUUAUUAGACCUCGAAACAGCAUCGAAGAAUAAGCAAUUUGUCAGUAUGAUGAAUGAGAAUUACUUUGGUGAUAAUAUUUAUGCAGAUUAUUUCACACCAGAUCGUGUCGAAUCCUUUGAAGCUGAGCGAGAGGCAGCUGGAUUCAAGGAAGGACCUAAAGAUGGUAUGUAUAAUAUUUGGGGUGAACCAUCCCAGAAAGAGAAUGAGAACGAGUUUGUUCUGCCUAAUUUUAUACACGAGAGUUACAAAAUAGCGGAAAGUAGUGGAAUAGACUAUUCCGAAGUCGGUACAGAGGGACAGGGCGAUGGCGAAGUCGAUGGGUGCGAGCGAGAGAGCAAAGCAGAUGUGUUGAGUGAAGGUCGGAGUGAAAGCGAGGUGCCGUUAAACAUUUGCGCAGACGAGCGAAUGCCACCACGGGGAGAACUUAGCGGACAGGAGAGCAAUGGAGAUAUGGAGUCGCCCUGGGGUGGGAUGUAUACAGACGUACCGGCGACGGAGCCGUACGACUUGAUCGCAAGAGAGAGUUGGGUCUCGGACGGGUCGGACGUCGACGUCACCGAAAAGAGAGAAACAUUAGAGGAAGAGCUUCAGUUCCCCAAGUCUUUGUCCCGCGUGUACUCGUGCACGUCAUGCGGGAUGAAGGCGUCGUCACUGAAGGAGCUGCGCGCGCACAAGUCGUUGGCGCACAGUGUGGCCGCACUGCCAACCUGCUCCGAGACUAAACACACGCCAAAGCACGCGCCUCAUACUUACAGCCGCCUCGUCACGGACAGAAAGAUUAAGAAGGAGGAGAAAUCGCACGAUACUAAUGCUUUGACUAAUAAUCUUCUAGCAAUAGACACAAAAGAACCCAUCACAUCAACCAUCCUUCAAGUGUAUGACACUUUGGAGGAGGCCAAGCCGAAGCUCGAAGGUCUGAUCAAGAUUAAGCAGGAAACGAAGCGGAGAAGGAAAGACUACAUCUGUCCUACAUGUAAGGUGGAUCAGGGAAGUGAUGCAGCGUUCAAUGCUCAUCUCAAGAUACACCCGUUAGAAUGUUUGACCUGUGGGAAAUGCUUCUUCAGAAGGGCGAAUUUAGCACUGCAUAUGAAGAUGCAUUUAGGUAUUAGGAAUUUUAAAUGUGACGUGUGCGAGAAGCGGUUUAUAACGCGACAGAAGUUGAUGGAGCAUCACAACGUGCACACGGGCCGGCAGCCAGUCAAAUGCACCAUUUGUGACGACACCUUCCGGAGAUAUUCCAACAUGGUUCAACAUAGAGACCGGCACCACCUGCAGAAGCGUGCCAAGGUGCGCGACUUCGUGUGUCCGUGCGGCGCCGUGUUCCACUCCCGCGCCAAGCUGCUCUGGCACAAAGAGACGCACGACGACAAGCCCAAGGCGUGCCACUACUGCAGUGACAAGUUCGUGCACGCCAGCUCGCUCACAAGGCACAUUCGUCGCACGCACAACGAGUACUUCCUCUCCGCCAAGCACAAAACCAAGGGAGAGAACGUCACGUGUCCCGUAUGCAAACAGGUGUACCUGCGCGCGAACCUGCGCGCGCACCUGAGCACGCACAGCGGCGCGCGGCCGUUCCCGUGCGUGGUGUGCAACAAGUCGUUCACGACCAAGUGGAACCUGAAGCUGCACCGCUGGACGCACAUGUCGCGCUCGGCCAAGCCGUACAAGUGCGCGCUGUGCGCAGGCGCCUUCGUGCGCCACUCCGAGUUCGUGUCGCACAUGAACGCGCACAAGUGCGUGCGGCCCUACACCUGCAACUACUGCGGCUGCCAGUUCAUCCGCAAGUACAACUGCCAGCGCCACGUGCGCGAGCACGAGACGGGCAAGAAGUUCGUCUGCAAGGUCCCCGAGUGCGGCAAGUCCUUCCACCGGAGCUACUACCUCUCCGAGCACAUGAAGGUGCACAGCGGGGCUCGCCCCUUCUCCUGCAACAUCUGCGGCAAGACCUCCAGCAACAAGUCCAAUCACAACAAACACAUCAAGAUACACCACGCGCGCGAGCCCGUCGCUACCGAGGCGUAA